CCGGAAUCGCAGGGCCGCAGGUUCGAUUCCUACCAGAGAGCUUAUAGUUGCAUUUUUCGCAACUGCCACUGGUUAGGUUUUAAUAAAUCUAUAAAAUUUACACUCAAAAUUUCCAUCUACAAAAUCCUUCAACUUUUAAUCACGCGGAUUAAUCAACUUUUAAUCAUCCUGGAUUUCCAAGGUCUUUUAAUCACCCCUCCCCCUGAUUUUCCACGCUCCCCCCCGAACGGGAAAGUAAAUGCAAACUGCUAUUGCUAUUUCAGUGCUGUGGAUGCAGGGAUUACAAUCCUGAAUGAAGUAGGACUGGACCCUGGGAUAGAUCACAUGACCGCCAUGGAAUGUUUUGAUGACGUGAAGGAUCAUGGGGGAAAGGUACGUUGAGAUUAUCAGUUGUCGAGGAAUGUUAUACACUAGGGCAUAUGUAUUGUGCUACGUAAUUGCAUGUGUUUUGUUGAAGAUAUUGUUUAUAUAGUGAGCCCAGCAGGAAAACAGUUAUACACUAGGGUAUAUGUAUUGUCUGCUACGUGAUUGCAUGUAAUUGUUCAAGAUAUUGUUUGAUAUAGUGAGUCCAGUAGGAAAACAGUAGAGCUGAGUUUAGUAGUUUGCCUUGAUUGUAGAACACCGAGAAAUGUGAGAAAGUGAGUCAGCUUGGUGGACAGCUAGCUAAGAUAUUGGUAGAAAGUUGGAGUAAGAAUUCAAAAUUCAGUAAGUUAGCUUAUGUCAGCUUAGCCUUGUAUGGCAUUCUUCUCAAAGUGUUGAAACAAAACAAGCAGCAGUAUUCUCAAAUUGUAGACAUAGCAUGUAUUCGCAUAAACUCCAUCUAGAAAUUUGAAAUUGUUGAGGACACUUGAAUCCAGCACUGAUUGAAAGGUUAACCACUUUGAGAACGCCACCCCCUCCCCCCCCAAAAAAAAUCAGAGUGUGCCUUUUACAAGUGUUACUCCCUAUCAUGCGUUUACAUUUUCAAUUUUUGAUGCGAUUUUCUUCUUUUGAUGGAUGUGAACGAGUGAAUCAAUUAUGAAUGUUCAGAUGAGGGUAUGUAUACUCAGAACAUUCAUAACUCCUCUACUCCUUCACAUCCAUCAGAAGAGGAAAAUCGCACUAGAAAUGACAAGUGUAAACGAGGCUUUAAGGUCUCUACUAUGUAUCUAGUUGUGCUUGUAGUAUCAGAUUAUUGCAAUAAAUCCACAUUUUUCAGGUUGUGUCAUUCGUGUCGUAUUGUGGAGGCCUGCCAGCCCCUGAGGUUGCAGAUAAUCCGUUAAGGAUGAAAUUCAGGUACGAUGUUUCCCUUUAGAUGGUUUAUGUGUAUUAAAUUACGUCUGCCACCGCCACUCUGGCUAGCGGGUCACUGCGAACUCCUUUUUCUUCCAGCUGGAGUCCGCGAGGUGUUUUAUCAACAACGCAAAACGGUGCUAAAUAUUUGGAAAAUGGCGAGGUAAAACAAAGACUUUUUAACCCUUUAUAACGUUGCACGUUGAUUCUGCUUGAAUGAGGCUGUCAGGAUUGUAAAAGAUAUAGCUAUCUGAAAAUUACAAAAAGAAUUUCGACGUUUCGUUGGAAAGGGUGGAAAAAUUUUUUUUCUCUGGGAUCGCAGUGAGGAAUAAAAAAAUUCUGUGAAUUUUUGACAGUUCCACCCGGUUAGUACUAUCAAGUUAACCGCCCUAUCGAUUUUCUAAAGUCGUUUCUUUUGGGAUUUUUUUAUUAAUUCUGUUAAGAUUAGGGUUAUAGUUAGUUAGGGUUGAGGUUAGGGUUAGGGGUUACGAGUAGUAGGGGUAGGGUUUGGGUUAGUUACAUAGCCAUUUAACACCUCUUCCAUCUUCCGAAAAUGACGUCAUGUCAGUUUGCUGGAUGGAAAAUAGUACUAACCGUGCCACCCAUGUUUGUUGGUUUGGCUGUCAGUCAGGCGAUUGGCUGCUCGGUCAGCCAGCAAAUCAGUUAGUCAGUCGGUCCGCCGUCAGUCAUUGAGCUAUUUCUUCCUAUUAAAGGAACAUUUAUUCUUUUUUAGGUGAAAGAGAUCCCAGCUGGACAAAUUCUUCAUCAUGUUAACGCCACUGACUUCAUACCGGGUUUUAACCUGGAAUGUUAUCCGAAUCGUGAUUCUACUAUAUAUAAAGAUAUCUAUGGCUUACCUGAUCUGCAUACUAUGAUCCGUGGCUCUCUGAGAUACCGUGUAAGUAUAGGAUUGGCUUCAACAUUGCUCCCUGGCUCACUCGGAUACCGUAUAAAGCCUUAGUCAAACGAGAAUGAAAGUUGAGAAGCGAGAGUUUGCAUGAAAGUUGAUGAGAGUUGAGAAGCGAGAGUUUGCAUGAACGUUUUCUCAACUCUCGUGCCCCGGUCAAACGAGAACAAGAGUUGCAUGAGAGCUGAUGAGAGUUGAGAAGCGAGAGUUUGUAUAAGAGUUUUCUCAAUUCUCAUACCCCGGUCAAACGAGAACAAGAGUUGCAUGAGAGUUGAUGAGAGUUGAGAAGCGAGAGUUUGCAUGAGAGUUUUCUCAACUCUUAUGUCCCGGUCAAACGAGAACAAGAGUGGCAUGAGAGUUAAUGAGAGUUAAGAAGCGAGAGUUUGCAUGAGAGUUUUCUCAACUCUCAUGUCCCGGUCAAACGAGAACAAGAGUUGCAUGAAAGAUCAUUAACCCUGAUCAAAAUAUAAACAGCUGAAAGUUGAUGAAAAUUGAUGAGAAUGUAUAUGUGAGUCAAUAUAAGAGUUGGCGGUCGAACGCGGUCAUACUCGUUUGACCGAGACUGAAGAACCCUGCAUGUUAUUAAAUUGAAAUUGAUUCAACUACUCUGAGUAAAAUAUAUAGUUGUCCUCUUUUAGGGGUACGCAAAUGUUUGUAUUGGUUUACAAAGCCUUGGUCUCUUAGAUCUUGAAGAAAAAUCUCUUACAGGUCAACCAGUAUCUUGGGUAAGUAUGCGAUAAUCCAAGAUUUUUAGUCGUGCUUGACAGGUAUAUAUAAUCAAAUGGUUAUAUUGCUGCGUAUACUUGAACUUGUGCAGACUUAAGACUCAAGGUGUACUUAUAGUCUUUACAAUGAACUACGUGUAUAAAGUACAGGUUUCUGAAAGGUAUUCAUUCAGUAACCUGGAACUAUGCGAGUCGUAAUUGCAUAUACAAACACUACAAUCGACUGGGAAUAAUGUUGAAAGAAUGACACAAGAAUAAUGUUGGUUUGCAGAUCCAAAUCCGCCUUAAGUGAUUUGUGGUCUUGAGAUCAUAAAAUAGACUAUCUGUAAAUCACACGGCCUGUAAAUCACACGGCCUGUAAAUCACUGUUAAAAGUACUGUUUCAUUCUAUAGAGGAAUUAUAUGAGUACAAUGUUGGGCUGUUCGUCGUCGAAAGCAGAACUUUAUAACAGAGUUUUUAAGCUCGUCGGCGAAGAUGAAGCAAGAUUUUCUGCGAUUAAACGGUAUGGGAACUGUACUUUGAAUUUUAUUCAAUUUUUAUUCAACGAAUCCUAAUAUACGGAGAGAUUAUUCGUUCGGCCAACUUUAUUAUACAUUAACGGCAUUAACGCACCUAGGAUUUAUAUUCUCUUUACACAAAUUUGUUUUACCGAAGCAAGGAAAGAGUUUGAUAACUUUAAAAAAUCCUUUGAAGACAUAACGUCUACUCCUCUCUUAACACACCAUAGAUACUUUAAAAAAGAAGAAUUAUUAAAAAAUAUGAAUGUCAUAAAAGCUAAACUUCUAGCCUUCCUAGAAUUUUAGAUGUUUAGAUUUUACAUAUCCAUAUGUUUUUCUAAUUGUUUUUUAAAGCAUCUUUGAUGUGUUGAGAAAGGAAUAGACGUUAUGUCUUCAAAGGAUUUUUUAAUGAUUUAUCAGAGUUAUAUUCUCAGUUUAGCAACCUUGUAUCAAAAAUUUUAAAGUCCCUUCGUUGCUUUGGGGGCCCUUUUUGGGCUGGGGCCCGGGGCAAAAUGCCCCCCCCCCCUCGUGCUUAUGGUAAUUAAUAUGGUUUGCUCUUCCUGUUAAUUGUAGACUUGGUUUACUUUCAAAUGAGAUUGCCGUGGCAAAGUCUUCACCUCUAGAUACACUGAGUCAUCACCUAAACGAGAAACUGGCUUUUGGUACGUCCUUCCUUCAUGUGAUGUUUGCAUGUGAAAUUUAGGGAGUUUAAGGUUACUUCACAUGAUGAACGUGCGUUUUAGUCUAUUGAACAUGGCGCAACGAAUUUUAGGUGUAUAUUUACCAAAUUUUUAGCGAAGAAAGCCAAUAAAAUGCUGAUUUCGAAAAUCUUCAUUUGAUGGGUGUUCUGUUUAAACAUGUCCAGUAUUGGCUGACUAAAGAAAUACAUAAGUAUCCCAUAAAAAAAUAAAAAUAUAUUUAUAGUUUACCUCAACGUUUGUCUACAUAUAUCGAUUUGAAUCUUCAUAGGUACGGUAAAAAAAAGUGUGCGGAAAAUUUCUCUUCUUCAAUGGUUUUUCUGAUAGGACGUUUUCUUUGACAACUUCGUGAAUUAUCAGUGACAAAUCCAAGAAUCAGGGCAUAUCAGAAAAACCACUAAAGAAGAGAAAUUUUCCGCACACAUUUUUUUUACCAUGCCUAUGAAGAUUUGAAUUGCGAUAUCUAGACAACCGUUGAGGUAAACUAUAAACAUAUUUUUAUUUUUUUAUGAAGGUACCUACAUAUUUACUCAGUCAGCCAAUACUGAAAAUGUUUAAACAGAGCAAUGAAAAUUUUCGAAAUCAGCAUUUUCCUGGCUUUCUUCACUGAAAAUUUGGUAAAGUUACACCUAAAAUUCGUUGAGCAAUGUCCAACAGACUAAAACGCACGUUCAUCGUGUGAAGUAACCUUAAGAUCUUGACCACGAAUUACCGUUUAUUAUGGGUAUAAUAAACCAAUUAUUGGUAAAAUUCUAAAAUAUAAAAUUAUUUUGAGUUGUUCCAGCACUCUUUAAUGUUAUUGUCUAAAUCAUUCCAUAAUUUGGUUGCUCUAUAUAAAAAAGAGCGCUGACCAUUUUGUCUGCCUCAGUUAAAGCAAUGUGAAAACAUGAAGCUUUCAACCGUAUUCCGUACGCGUUGUUUGCUGUCGGCAUCUCAAACUCCCUUUUGUCAACGACCCUUUGAUACCAACAAAUUUUACUUUUAGAGGGAGAAAAAAUUGGUUAAAAAUUGAAUUUGGAAUUUUAUUUUUUUUAGGAAGUGGAGAACGAGAUCUUGUAUUAUUGCGACACGAAGUUGGAAUAGAAUGGCCAGAUAAUAGGAAGGUUAGGAUUGUAUUUUGUCUUGUAACAAGUCCCGUAAUUUGUCUUGUUCAAGUUCGUGUUGUUAUUAAUCAUAGACGGAUUUUGUGGGGGGGUAGGUGCUACCCCCCCCCCCCAAUAUUAGCUAUAACCCCCUCAAAAAAAAAGGCCACCCCUCAAAAAAAAAUUUCAACCCCCCCCCCCCAAUAUUCGGCAUAAUAAAAAAUAAUUAAAUAGUCCACUCCAACGUGCAGAGUGUUGAUGGUACAAAAUAAACGUAGGAGUACACUCGAAUAGAAAAAGACAGUGCAACACUGUGAAACUAAUCGCUCUUCGCUUGCAUUCACUGGUUUAUUGGAGCAAUUGUAAAGUUUUGAAACUCUAUUAUCUCCCCUGAAUAGAGUUUGUGUAGUGCCUUGUCAUGCAAAUACCUUGCUUGCAAGGAACGUUUGGAAUUUUUACGAACAUUAUUUUUAGUUUUUAAUUCUUUUAGGAAAUAGACUUGCCUAGAUUUAAUCUUUACGCCCCAAAUAUUAUUUACAUCAGAGUUGCAUUAUAAAUUAUACUCGGAUUCAAACGACACGUACAAUGUUAAUGACUUUAUAAAGGUAAAAGCAUAUUGUGUAUUGGCCUAUUGGGUUAACACUUUUACAGGUUCAUUUAUAACUUUAACUCUCUCAAGUCUCAACAGACAAUCGGACAUGCCAAAUCCAUUGAUAUGACACUCUUCAAAAAACUUUUUUUCGAAGCUAGAAAUCAUGAUUUUUUUCAAUUUUUCAAUUUUUCCUGGGAUACUUUGUUUUCUGCUCUCUAGACUCCCCCUCGUGGCUCUAGUGCUCCACCCCUAGAAUAUAGACCUUACUGCAUGGGGUUUGGUGACACUUUGUGUUGCUUCAGUCACCUGCUCACGGCUCACCCCCCUAAAAUUUCUGGCACCACCCCAGUAAAAAAUAUGAAAAUCCGUCUAUGUUAUUAAUUCUAAUGUGUGUCCCUGUGUUGGUCUUGUUAAGCUUCAUUGUCGGCUAAUUUCCACUCAGGAAAAUUUUCCGCAGAAGCGGACGGCGUUGGAACUAACGACUUUAGCACUAUGUAACUUUCCUUCCGUUACUAUCCUGCGGAGGGUUUUCCUAGGUGCAAACUGGUUUUUUAUAUUACUAAAGAUCUAAUGUAGAAUAUGUCAUGUUCGUUCUGUAAGGGCUGCUGUAACUGGCGUAAAGCUGUAUAGCAUAUACCCUGCCGUUGAUUGAUUGAUAGUUUGUAUAUUCUUGUGUUUGUAUUUGUGUAGAUAUGAUUGUGUGAAAUUGGCAAAGCAUAAUAAAUAAAUAAAUAAGUAUUGAAAUUGUGGUUGUUAAAGGCACAGUUCAGCCUUUUGAACGAUGGUUUUUAAGGCGCAUUUCAGCUCUUUUAAUUGAAAAAACUAACUAGGAAAAUCAAUUAAGUAUAAUUCAAAAUCCGUAAACUCGAUGUUUUUAACAAUAAAAAUGUUUUAAAAUGUUAAAAACAUUGAGUUUGGUGAUCUUGAAUUAUGCUUAAUUGAUUUUCCUAGUUAGUUUUUUCAAUUAAAAGAGCUGAAAUGCGCCUUAAAAACCAUCGUUCAAAAGGCUGAACUGUGCCUUUAAAGGAAGUAGCAAUGGCCGUAGUGGUCGGAAUUAAACUGUUAUAUUUAUAUCGUUAUUCAGGAAAAACGACGCAUCAGUUUAAUCGCUUACGGUGAUUCAAAGUACUCAGCCAUGUCAAGAUUGGUUGGAUUCCCUGCUGGAAUCGGAGCAAAGUUGGUACUUGAUGGU